CAUUUCUCUGACCAUAGAGCUACUCUGAGAGCUAUUGAACCUUCACAUAUAUGCACAGGCGCUAGGCGGCUUAGAUUGUGAAACCUGUGCUCGUAGCUAGCUAGCUCCUCUAAUAGGGCGCAAUGAGUGGAGACAGAAAGAGGACAGAACCUUAUGAACUAACCAGGGUCGUGCAUAAGAAGCCAAGACUCGAGUCUCCUGACCAAGAGAUCACUGUACAUCCCUAUGAUGAUGACUUCUUUGGAUCGGACAAUGAGAGUACAGACCGUACGGUAUCUGGUUUUUCCCCUAAUGUGACUCUGGAACCAGGUGUGGAUAUUUCCCUGGACGGUCCUGCCUUGUUCCCUCUCUCAAAGACCUCGAGACAGACGAGCAAACACGGCCGAAGACGUUACCGAGGUGUAGGGGACUCCGACAGCGACCCACCCCAACUCACAAAGAGCACAACCCUACCAGUUAUGAGUAGUAGACAAAAGGAAGAAUAUCAUUCAAAAUCACGUUCCCGGUCUCCUUAUUCGAAUGAACGCAAUCUAAAAGUACAAGUUGUAAAACGAAACACUUCGUCGGGAAGAAUCAGUCCAAUACUGCUAGACUUCGACCAAGACAGUCGUCAUAGCAGCGACCAAUACAGUCGGAGCAGCGAUAGGCCAACAAGAAGUAAACAUUCGAGGGAACACAAAUCGAAACGUUUAGUCGUAAAAGAGCACGAUCCCAGGAGGAGCAGCAGCCGAGAAGAAAAGCGCGUCGCCAGAGAACACCAGGGAAGACAGAGAAGUGUUGAUAUGGGAACGUUUAAUCAUAGAAAAGACAGAAGUCGAUAUCCAAGAGAGCCCGAGCGAAGUAGCUACAAACGUCGCAGUCCCUCACGGAGAGGGGGGAAGGAUCGUCACUCAGAGCUGGUGCCUAGAAGGAGAGAGGAUCGGGCCGAGAAAUCAAGAGAUGAUGGGAAACGACAUCGCGGUCAUAGAUCUCGGCCUUCAGAGAGGGAGGAGGCCGCGAGGAAACUGCCAGAGGUGGUGGUGGUGCGUGGAUCUGGUGAUGAGAGUGGACCCGAGGGCAGUGGGGACAGGAUCGAGGACCUCAUCAAAGAGAUAGAGGAGUCCUCCACUGACAGCAGCUCUGAUGACCAGGAGGGUGAGGUUGUGGAGACUCAAGAAUCAGAACUCAAGUCUCCCGAUUCAGUGAGUUCAAAGUCCUUCUCCUCGGAGGAGGGGGGAAGUGUGGGGGAGGGACCACCAGCCCAGGAGACUCAGGAGCAUUCUCAAGACACUCAGUCAGCCUCUGAAGGUGAGGUUCACUCCCCUGAGCCUGCCAACCCGUAUGUGAUGCGCUCUCGCUUCGAUUCAAGUGACGAAAGUGACGAGGAGGAGGAGGAGGUUAAUCAAAUCUCAUCCCAGCAGGGGCAUCCCCUCUACAAUGACGAGCUGGAGGAGGAGAUUGGAGAGUCUCCUGUGAACUCACCACCACCACCACCACCAGAAGAAGCCGCCCCAGUUGAUGCCCCACCCCCCUACCGGUCCCCCUCCCCUCCCCCCGUCCCCUCACUGCCUCCCUACCUACCAGCGCUCAUGGGAUGCAAGAAUGUGGAGAGUUAUCAAUGGUUGGACAGGAUUGAGGAGGGCACUUAUGGUGUUGUCUACAAAGCCAAGGACAAGAGGACAGGUGACAUAGUGGCUCUGAAGAAGCUCAAGAUGGAGAAAGAGAAGGAAGGUUUCCCCAUCACCUCACUCAGGGAGAUCAACAUGCUCCUCAAGGCUGCUCAUCCAAACAUUGUCCCAGUCAGGGAGAUUGUAGUUGGUAGCAACAUGGACAAGAUCUACAUCGUGAUGGACUUCAUCAAGCACGACCUCAAGGCCCUCAUGGGCACAAUGAAGGAGAAGUUCCUUGAAGGUGAGGUCAAGACACUGAUGCUCCACCUCCUAAGAGCUGUACAUCACAUGCACGAUAACUGGAUCCUGCACAGAGACCUCAAGACCUCCAACCUACUGCUCAGCCAUGACAACAUCUUGAAGGUUGCCGACUUUGGGCUAGCUCGUGAGUAUGGCUCCCCCCUCCUCAACUACACCCCCGUGGUCGUCACACUGUGGUACCGCUCCCCUGAGCUGCUACUGGGGAUAAAGGAAUACUCUACAGCAGUGGAUGUCUGGUCAGUGGGUUGCAUCUUUGCAGAGCUGCUCCUCCACAAGGCACUCUUCUCAGGGCGAUCAGAGAUUGACCAACUCAACAAAAUAUUCACGGAACUAGGAACACCUAAUGAGAAGAUGUGGCCUGGGUUCAAACAGCUGCCAGGAGCCAAGAAUGUAACCUUUGCACACCAUCCCCAAGGCAACCUGCGUAAGAAGCACUCCUCCCUCACAACCAAGAGUGGGUUUGACCUUCUUUUCAAACUCUUGACUUAUGAUCCAAGCAAACGCAUCACUGCCAAAGAUGCUCUCAACCACCAAUACUUCAAGGAUAUGCCCCGCCCAGUUCCUCCGGAGAUGUUCCCCACAUGGCCGACCAAGAGUGAGAUAGCAAAGAACAAAUCAAAGAGAGAGAAGAGCCCCACCCCUCCAGAGGGAGGUGCUGCAUUCGUUCUUAAGGGAGGAGCCGAUCAGAUCUCCCCAGGACCUGGCUUUAGUUUGAAAUUCUAAACUUAAUAUAGCUAGAUCUAACGCUAGUUUCUAUAUCACUCCAUUCUCUCUUAAUAUUGCAAUAAUUUAUCACAUUA